UCUAAGGGAACUGUGCCGACAUAUGUCUGAAAGCGUCUGAGGAAAACCCAGGAAAAACCCCAGACAGCACAGCCGGCACCGGGAUUCGAACCCGGGUACCUCCCAGUCUCGACUUGACUUGGCCAGCACGCUAACCACUGAGCCACGGCAACCGCAAUGGCCUGCCAAUGGCCGGCCGGCGUUCAAAUAUUCUGCAUUCCCACCUCUCAUCUCGCCAUGUGUGCAAGGGUGAGUGUAUGGCCGUACCCAAGAUCAGUGACGGGGUGGUGUUGGUUCUUGAUUCGAGCACCGCCUACCUUGGAGGUCUGGUUACGCCACAGCCGUUACCUUGCUUUGCCGGCGGUAAUCAUCGCACUAUCUUGCGGCUCCGUCCUUUUAUUUCGCUACAUGACCUACGGGAAAAGGCCAUGGGCUGUGCGAAGUCCUCACUGCGCCCGUCUCGAUCAUUCCGUCCAGCGCAUCACCGAGGAGCUUGUGCUUAUGGACGCUCAGGAGUCGAAGAUUACAUCUCCAGAGCUUUGCGUCGCCGGUUAUCCGGUGCUGUAGAGCAUGAGUGAGACCUGGGUUUUCCGUGAACAAAUGGGAGAAUGGAAGCAGUGCAUUGGUGAGCACGUGCCAGUGGUGAGUGCUUGCUGGAAACAGUCUCGGGGCUGCUUCUAAAACAGAGCGUGCAAUUGUAUAGAUGUUAGCACUGUUCUGCGCCGGAAAAUAGUUCAACUGGUGUCGAUUGUCCAGCUCCGUAGUAGAUUGCAACGGUUUGCCGGUUCUCACGCGCCGGUUCCCGCUCUCCGGGCAUCCUGGGUUUCCUCAUCAGUCCGGUUCCGCUCCGUUUCAGAGGUGACCCACUCAAUGAAAAGAUAUGUGGUACCGCUUUCGUGUUAGUACCGUCGAAGAAGAGAAGAAUUCAGAGAAGAAGAAGUGAAACAAGCGAACUUCACCACCCCCACCACUUCAACCAUCACAUUCUCCACCAACCAUCACGUUCUCCACCCAGAUUGUCACCGUCAAGUCAUAGUACAGUUAGACAUCCUCAUAGCCCUGGCCGAUCUCCCUUGUGGCCAAUGGCCAUUCUCCGUGGGACGAAGAAGAAGAAGAAGAUUCCAUAAACCUCUAGCCGCCUUUGACAUCGUCGUCUAUUUUUGCAAUGAACAACGACAGAAGCAUUAGCCCUGACGAGCCUUCAGGACAUCAGCUAAACGAAAAGGGACUUUGCAGUCUCUGGACAAGCUGUCCGUCGAAGAAACCUCUCCUGACACUCAUUACAGGGGCUGCAUUUUAUGUGCUAAUGCUCCUCGCCUUCCUCCAACGACCACGGACGGUUCUUCCUCUCCCACAGCAAAGGGCCGUGCACUUCUACGGCGUCGAUAAUUAUACCGGCUUCAAUUCGUACGUGGUACCAAACAUCGUCCACUACGUGCGAUUCGGACACCCGGAGAUGUCUUUCAUGGAAGCAGUUGGCAUGCGCUCGGCGUACAUUAACCAAGCUCCGGACCAAAUCGUAGUGCAUUGUGACGUGUGCCGGUUACGCGGACCGUAUAGCUAUUGGAUCCGCGAUAUACCGGUCAUAAAAUUUAACAAACGGCCCCCACCAAAGUCCAUUUAUGGACGCAACUUGAGCUGGAUUGGGCACGCCUCGGAUAUUGCUCGUGUCCAGAUUCUGUUGAGGAAUGGGGGCAUCUACUUGGACAACGACUGCAUAGUCAUUCAACCUAUGCACCAAUUUCGCCAUUUUGAGACGUCGAUAGGCUGGCCACCUAAAGAGCACAUGGGAAACAUGGUGUUCGUGGCCACCCCCGGUGCCAGAUUCCUUCAGCUGUACCAGGAACUUUACCGCUGGUACGACCGCAGCCUGUGGUAUUACAACGCCAGAGCCCUUCCAACCAUGCGCCUGCUGUGGCCUCAUCCCCACCUUGUUCACCAAGUCCCUGUCCUCUUCGGUGUUCAGAGAGACCUGCUGGGGAAGCUGUACAGCCCUGGGGAACAUAUCGAUUGGAGGAGCUAUUUUGCGGUGCACACGUCUCUGGGCUACCGUUCUCUAACGAAAGGUGUCUCGUAUCAGAAGGUUGACUUCAAGAACGUAAGGACGCACAACACAUCGCUGGGGGAAAUCAUUCGUGAGGUUCUCUUUGGUACCUCAGCCUUUGUGAGCGACUCCGCCGAAGUGAAACCUGUGACCGAGCUUUACGCUGCGAAGCGACUGCGGUCGAAACAGGGGUCGACGAUACGAAGCAGUAGUGGAAGAAGGCUCAGGAAGAAGGUGGACCGUGUGUAAACAUAUUGUUGUAAAUAUCUAACGAGUAAUAAGGGGGGUGUAGAGAAAAAUAAAACAUUAGUAAUUU